AACUGAUGUAAAUGAAAGUGAUUUUCAACCAUAUGUCCCCAAGAACCGGCCUUGGCUUGUGGUGAUCCGACUUGAGAGAGAGGAUAAAACAUUUGUAGAAUGCACAGGAUCCAUUCUGAGCAAAAGCUGGAUAAUUUCUUCUAAGUCUUGUUUCUGUGGUGACAAGUUUGGAUGCAACGUGACUGCACGUGUAGCAAACUAUUCAGGAACAUACGCUUUCCCAGCUAAGGAAUAUACUGUUAGGUCUGAUGUAAAAACCUUGAAUAAAACUGAUUAUCCUUUCCUCAUCAGAAACCUCAACGCCAUACAGAUUCCAAUGAAGGAUAAAAGCAAGAUAAAGAAUGACGUUGUGAUGGUGAAGGUUGAUAUGCCCUUUGUUUGGUCUGAUGACGUAAUGCCAAUAUGUCUCCCUCAGGGUAAUUUUUCUGCAGACGAAUAUCAGAAAGUUUUUAUCAGUGGAUUUAAUUUUCAUUUCCAUAGAAAAGUUGCGCAAGCAGAUAAAUGCCACACAGUUGCUGGACCUAGAAAGGCGAUGUGUAAACAUUACUUGACAAAAAAUGAGCCUUCAAUCUUCAAGGGAUGCAACUUUGCAACGACAAUAAGAGCUCAGGAAUGUUUGAUGCUGCAACGGUUUAUGAACUGGUCCACGAUGCUGCCUAAUGAUUUAAAAAGUUUGAUUAUCAAGAAAAAUAUUUCACAGAUAGACCCAAAAGAAAGAGAGCGAAGAUUUCCAAACCAAACCAAUGAUAUUGUCAGUAUUCCCUGUUUUGAUGAGAACCCUGGACCGUAUGGAUGGUGUGGUACUUGUUUAAGUGAGGCUAGAAAAGGAGAACCUGGAUAUUGUGGAGAUGAUAAAGCCCAGGAAGGAGAAUCCUUGUAUCAAGCUGAGCUAUCUAGACCAUCAGAGUUUGGAGGCUGGGGAUUCUGUGACAAGGUCUGCCAGACUGCACAGAAAGCAAGGGGGAAUGAAUUACCGGUUCUGCUUGAAACAAUGCGUUUAGUUGAAUCAUCAGAAGAUUGCCAGAAACAUAUGCAGCUAAAAAUUGAUGCUGAUUUCAUGCACUUGUGUGUAGUAGCACAACAGCUAGCACAUAAACAGAUUGUAUACAGGAUGAUCAGGAAGAUUCAAUGAUUAGUACACCACUCAUGAGUUCGAUUGGUGACGCAGGAGCGCCCAUUUUUAACUACGUUAAUGAAAAAGUAAACAAGGAUGGCAGCACAACUGGAAUAGCAAACGCAGUUCUGCUUGGAAUUCUCAGCACUAAUCAAUAUGACCCAGUGACUGAUGCAAACCCCAGAGCCACAGCUUUCUCCAAAAUGGUUGAAAUUAAAGAGUUGAUAACUCGAGUCAAGCCUCUGCUCCUCUUUAUAAAGAACACUCUGAAUAAUAACACUUUACUGGACAGCGAGUGUUAUACCAAUGAAUAAAUAAUUUUGUAAAUAUCUAUAUUGAAAUAAAUGUUGAACUAAA